AUGUCAGAACAAGACGAGUGGGGUUCUCAUGCCUCUGAUUAUGCCGAAAAGGCAAGCUCGGGGCCACAAAUUGAAUCUGUUAACGGUAUUCUCGCCGCUCUGGAUGCUCUUCUACCGUUCGAGAAAGCUACUGCUAUCCUAGACAACGGCUGUGGGACUGGUAUUGGAAUAAAAGCCUUGAUUGAUGAUUACUCGGCGCGAUUGCCAGACUCAGUACGUUUGAUGGCUGCUGACCUUAGUCCUGGAAUGGUGGACGUGGUGAGGAAAGUCAAGACCGAGAACCGGGGAAAUAGGUUCUGGGAUGCGUUGGAAUUUGACGUCUGGGGUAUCGAAAAGAUGUCUGGUGCGAAGGGUUCCAGUUUCAGUCACAUCAUUGCUUCUUUGGUUAUGUUUUUCUCUCCUCGCCCAGAAGAUGCGUUCAGCGAAGCGUACAGAGUUCUCAAACCGGAUGGAGCCAUUGCAAUGACUUCGUUCCAAAAAAAUGGAUGGAUUGAACUGUGUGAUGUCAUAGGCAAGAUACGCCCCGAUCUUAAGAUGCCAUCCUUGCCUGCUGAGUGGGCUUCUGAGGAUUGGAUUCGGGGUCAGUUCGAAAAGGCCGGUUUCCGCGACGUCGUCAUUAAGCCUGUGCAUGUGUCCAAAGACAUAGAUGAUCCUCAGGAAUUUGCAGAGUUCCUUGUUAAAACAAACAAUCCGGUAGUUUCGCCCAUCCUGAAUUUAUUUACAGCCGAGGAGAAAAAGAAGGCAGUCGAUAUGAUUGUUAGUGAGAUUAGAAGGGUUAAUCCGGGAAGCUCACCAAAAAUCUCUAAUGUGCUUUUGCUGUCUAGUGCAAGAAAGUAG